GCCGAGCACGCGAGAGCCUUCUCGGCGCAGUCUCCGCGCGACUACGCGCCCGGUGCUAUGGCCGCCGAUCGGCGCGGGAAGGUCGAGACGCUGGCCCUGAGGCGGCGGCUGCUAAGCAAUUCUUGCAGGCUCUUUUAUCCUGAGGAUCCUAUUAAGAUUGUCCGGGGCCAAGGACAGUAUUUGUAUGAUGAACAGGGUGCAGAAUACCUCGACUGUAUCAACAACGUGGCUCAUGUUGGCCACUGCCACCCUCUCGUGGUCCAGGCAGCACACGAACAGAACCAGGUGCUCAACACCAACAGCCGAUACCUGCACGACAACAUCGUGGAUUACGCACAGAGGCUCUCAGAGACCCUGCCGGAGAAGCUGUCUGUGUUUUAUUUCCUGAAUUCUGGGUCAGAAGCCAAUGACCUGGCCCUGAGGCUGGCCCGCCAAUACACAGGACACUGGGACGUGGUGGUAUUAGACCAUGCUUAUCACGGUCACCUGAGCUCGCUGAUCGACAUCAGUCCCUACAAGUUCCGAGACCUGGAUGGCCAGAAGGAGUGGGUCCAUGUGGCACCUCUCCCAGACACCUACCGGGGUCUAUACCAGGAGGACCACCCCGAUCCUGCUGGGGCCUAUGCCAACGAGGUGAAGCGCGUGGUGAGCAGCGUGCAGGAGAAGGGCAGGAAGAUUGCAGCAUUCUUCGUGGAGUCUCUGCCCAGUGUCGCGGGGCAGAUCAUCCCCCCUGCCGGCUUCUUCCAGGAAGUGGCAGAGCACAUCCACGGGGCCGGAGGGGUCUUUGUCGCAGACGAGAUUCAAGUGGGCUUUGGCCGAGUAGGCAAGCACUUCUGGGCCUUCCAGCUGCAGGGAGAAGACUUUGUCCCCGACAUUGUCACCAUGGGCAAGUCCAUUGGCAAUGGCCACCCUGUAGCCUGCGUGGCCACAACCCAAGCUGUGGCAAGGGCCUUCGAAGCCACUGGUGUUGAGUACUUCAACACGUUUGGGGGCAGCCCUGUAUCCUGUGCUGUAGGCCUGGCCGUCCUAGAUGUUCUGGAGAAGGAGCAGCUGCAGGCUCAUGCCGCCUCUGUGGGCAGCUACUUGAUGGAGCUCCUUGAGGAGCAGAAAGCCAAACAUCCGAUCAUCGGGGACGUCAGGGGCACUGGGCUCUUUAUUGGUGUGGAUCUGAUCAAAGACGAGGCAACCAGGACACCAGCAACUGAAGAGGCAAACUACGUGGUGUCCAGACUGAAAGACUACUACAUUUUGCUGAGCACUGAUGGUCCUGGGAGGAACGUCCUCAAGUUUAAACCCCCGAUGUGCUUCAGUGUGGACAACGCACAGCACGUGGUGGCAAAGAUGGAUGCCAUCCUGACAGACAUGGAAGGAAAGAUGAGAAGUUGUGAGACGCUGAGGCUCCGGCCCUGAGGCAUCCUGUCCUCCCCUGGAAAUGAAGCAUCCCCUUCAAAUACACUACGAUGGCAACCCUGACCUGACCUCCAGCUUUGAGGAAGAAAGCCACUGAGGCUCAGGGCAGGGCUUCCCUGGGGCCAUACUGCUCCUCCCUCUUCCCCCAACCACUGGCCUAUUGUGGGGAAGGGCCAGAUGUGUCCCCUGAGGAUCCAGACUCAAUUUCUUUUGCUCAAAAAUCUCAUCAGUGUGGGUGGGGUUAUGGUCAGGGACCUCCCAGGGCUCCUGCCUAAAACAGUUUAAGGUCCCCUAAUUAGGACCAGUCAAAAAUUUUUAUAUGUGUCACCAUUCAAGCAUUACUCCUUCAAAAAACUGGCAAACCACCCCUUCCCAAGUGACACCAUCUGCUAUCUUCUACCCUGUUGAAUGAAUUAAAAAUGCUGAAUACAUUUUAUUUCAAAACCCACCACCAGUAGCAGUUAACUUUAUAGGUACUUCUUGUCCCUUUCACAUUGAGACACAGAAAGAAACCACCUCUGCGUCAUUAACUGUGCAGUGAGGCAACAGUGAACGAGCUCUUCUUGCCCAACUGUUCCUAAAAAUCUAUAAACUUUAUGUUCUUUAAAGGCCCAAAUCCAGAAUUUAUUCUAAAUUCCCCAGCUAGGAUUAAAACUUCUAGGAGCUCCACCCUACCUGUCCUACCUUAUCUGGCUGCCACUCCUGCUCAGACCUGCCACACCCUGCCGGUGAGCCACACCCUCAACUGCCUCCUUAGCCACCUGGAGAAUACCUGAAACCGCCAUGCUCCAGCCAGACCAGAGUUCAGAGGGAAGGGCUGCACUUCUCACCGCACAGCACUGUACUCAUUUUUAAGGCAAAACCGGCCAUGGAUAAGCUAAAACUAAAACCCUGGAAGCUUUGGGAAGAAUCUUCACCUGAGGUGGGAGUUAACUAAUCAGAGUCCAAAGUGGAUAGAAGUAAACAAAGGUUUGGUUCUGACAGAAGGUUGGAAAAGCUCCACAGCAGGAAAGACUUCAACCCAGAGGAAACCAACACAUAAAUAACAAAUUCUAGAAUCUUCUGAGACCUUAACUGCAGGCCAUAUUCACCUUGGAUUCUAGACUCAGAACAGCAUGAUCUCUAGCUUUCAGUCAGGAAUCAAAGGGGCUACUCAACAUGCUCCAUCCCAUACAAACCACCCUUUCUCCUGCCUCCCACACAUCCUGGGUUUCUGCCAAUGCCACCAGCCUAGGGACUCCCUGAAGGACAGGGCCAUCUGCCCCAAUCAGGACAGCAGACACUGCAAAAAAAAAAAUAACAGUAGGGUCAAACUGCCCUGGAGAGGGAGCCCAACUCCUAACCCACACCUGUAAGAGCCAGCUCUCCAGCAGCAGGAGGCCAAAAUACAGAGUUGGAGAUA